UCAGCUAGCAGUCUGUGACGUUUAGUUGACGUUCAACUAGGUUUGGUUGGGUUGAUUUCGCCGUUGAUUAUAUUGCUGACUGAGUCGUCUAGAUUUUCUGAGCUUGUGCCCUUUGUAUCCUGAUGGGGAAUUCUGAUUCAAAGUUAAAUUUUCGGAAAGCUAUUGUUCAAUUAACUGCGAAGAAUCAGGUAAUUGAUGCAAAGGAUGAGUCGUUCUGGAAUCAGUUUUGGUCUGAGCAUGGAACCAACCCUCAGGAUGUGUUCGCAUUGAUUCCAGCGAAUGAGAUUCGGAUGCUCCGUGAUGAGAAUCCUGGAAAUUUGGCCACGUUAUGUUACAAGGCUACAGAGAGGCUAGCGCAUGCGGUUGACAACAGCUGCAGGACGCAAGCGGAGCAACAAGCUGUGUUGAACUGCGUUCGGCUUUUAUCGAGGAUUUUGCCGUAUAUUUUUGAAGAAGCUGAGUGGCGAAAUUUUUUCUGGUCAUCUUUGCCAUCAGGAAACGAGAACGAUGACUCGACCACUCCACUAGCGCAGAGCCUUUUGAAUGCUAUUUGCGACCUUUUGUUUUGUCCCGACUUCACGGUAGUUGCUACAAAGCGAUCUGGGCCAGAUAAGCCCGAGGAACUUGCAAAUAUAGACAGCUGCGAGUACAUAUGGGAAGCAGGUGUUGGAUUUGCUCACUCGCCUCCCAAAAAUGCGACGAUGGAGCUGCGUAGAACUGAGUUAUUAAAGCUGCUACUAACGUGCUUCAGUGAAACAAUGUAUAGAACGCCUAAUAUGAGCGAGGAGCCAAACAAGUGGAUUGCGCAUUUCACAAGCGCUGACAACAGACAUGCGUUACCAUUAUUUACAUCAUUAUUGAAUACGGUAAGCGCAUAUGAUCCCGUGGGCCUUGGCGUCCCGUACAACCAUUUACUAUUCUCCGAUACUACGGAACCUUUGGUUGAAGCUUGCUUGCAAAUAUUGAUCGUCACAUUGGACCACGAUAUGACUUUACAUAGCUCGUCAUCUGCUUACGGUGAUGAGGGAUUUGGUGAUAAUCUUUUCAUCAAUUACUUAUCGCGAGUGCAUAGAGAUGAAGAUUUUCAGUUUAUCUUGAAAGGCAUAACUCGCUUAUUGAAUAAUCCUUUAAUGCAAAGCUACCUUCCGAAUUCAACAAAAAGGCUACACUGUCAUCAGGAAUUAUUGGUUUUUUUCUGGAAAAUCUGUGAUUAUAAUAAGAAAUUUCUGUACUUUGUACUGAAAAGCAGCGAUGUGCUAGAUGUCCUCGUUCCAAUUUUAUAUCAUUUAAAUGACUCCAGAGCGGAUCAGUCGCGUGUUGGUCUGAUGCAUAUCGGAGUCUUUAUUCUGCUACUACUCUCUGGGGAAAGAAAUUUUGGAGUUCGCCUUAAUAAACCCUACACAGCGACAGUUCCUAUGGAUAUACCGGUGUUUACCGGCACACAUGCUGAUUUGUUGAUAACAGUAUUCCAUAAAAUUAUAGCUACAGGGCAUCAGAGAUUGCAACCAUUAUUUGACUGCCUUUUGACCAUCCUUGUGAACGUUUCACCUUAUUUGAAGACCCUUUCAAUGGUUGCUAGCAUAAAAUUGUUACACCUGUUAGAAGCAUUCAGUACACCAUGGUUUUUAUUUUCGGCUCCAUCAAACCACCAUUUGGUAUUUUUCCUUUUAGAAAUUUUCAACAAUAUUAUCCAAUAUCAAUUUGAUGGCAACUCUAAUCUGGUAUAUACAAUUAUAAGAAAAAGGCACGUAUUCCAUGCAUUAGCAAAUUUACCAUCGGAUAUGGCGGGAAUAGCCAAAUGUCUGAGUGCCCGGAAGGGUGGUAGGUUCAAAAGUGUAACGACAACAGUGAAACCCGAGGACAAAAGUAACUCUGAAGAAGUGGACUAUUCUGAUGGAGAGAAUAAGAUUGAAAUUGUGGAGGAAUCAAUGGAAGGAUCCACACCGGCAAUGCCUGCAGAACCAGGUACUUUAAAAGCGUCACUUCUAGACACACCAGGAAUUGGACAAAUGACUGAGAAGGAAUCAGCACAUCUAUCUGCUCUUCCAGAAUAUCAAACUGAUCGUGAGGACUGUGUUUCAAAUGACUUGGCUAAGGUAUCUCCGAGUAAAUCUUCUCCAAGUUUUAAGAGGGCUGUAAAUCAGCGAGGAAGUAUUCGCAUAGCUCCAGAGAGUAAUUCCUUACCAACCGUUUGGACUCCAACAGCUGAAUGGGUGUCAUCUUGGCGAGCAAAACUUCCACUUCAGACGAUUAUGAGAUUAUUACAAGUGCUAGUACCGCAGGUUGAAAAAAUUUGUAUUGACAAGGGCCUGACGGAUGAAUCGGAAAUACUAAAAUUUCUCCAGCACGGUACAUUAGUAGGAUUGCUUCCUGUCCCACAUCCAAUUCUAAUCCGAAAAUAUCAAGCUAACAGCGGCACCACUGCAUGGUUUCGAACGUACAUGUGGGGCGUGAUAUAUUUACGAAAUGUUGACCCAGCAAUUUGGUAUGACACUGAAGUGAAGUUAUUCGAAAUCCAAAGAGUCUAAAUUUUCGCAAGCAACCAGCACAUAUAGUGCACUAAAUAAACUAAACGUAGUUACAUAUGUAUUUAUACUAGUGGCGUGAAGUGAAAUUCUAUUUGAGUCUAUAUAUAUUUGUUAUCCCUUAAGAUUCGAUGGGAAUAUGAUAUUCCAAUAAUUUCGUCUAUUAAGCUUAUCUAUGUUUCAUACAUUUCCCAACGUGCAGAUAUAUACAUACAGGACAGGUUCAUUCCAAGUUUUGAAAAACUACUCUCAACGUCACGAUUCUUGAAUUUAGUCGUAAGUAGUGCCUACCAGCAAGUGUAUAAUGUAAUUUUACUACAUUUUUUAAUAUAAUUAAGAACUUAAUUUUCUUAGUUUUUAAGCACGAUUGUGUCUAUAUAAAUUAUGCAAAUCAAUAUAAAACCUUUAAAUGUAAA